GGUGAAUCAUAGCAUUCACCGACCAUCCACUUACUCAUAAACCACUUGAGUGUCUCUUGGUUUCACAAGACCCGACUCCAUCAUAUCUCAUCUGUCUCAACUCGGCCACACGUUAGCUACCCAGCCAACUCCAAUUGACCCCUCUCCACCAUGGCUGCCCCUACAAACGUGCUCCAUCUCCGCGCUGAGACGAAGCCCCUCGAACAUCGUAGCGCUCUGACUCCUUCGACUACCAAGGAUCUUAUUGAAGCCGGAUAUACUGUCAAUGUUGAGCGCGAUCCCCAGCGCAUCUUCGAGGACUCCGAGUUCGAAGCUGUCGGCGCUUCUCUCGUGCCCACUGGGAGCUGGGUUGAUGCUCCGAAGGAGCACAUCAUUGUCGGUCUGAAGGAGCUCGAGGAGAAGGACUUCGCUCUCAAGCACACCCAUGUGCAAUUUGCUCACUGCUUCAAGAACCAGCAUGGCUGGGACAAGGUGCUGAGCAGGUACAGCCGUGGAGGAGGCACCCUUCUCGAUCUCGAGUUCCUCGAGAAGGACGGACGCAGAGUCGCGGCAUUUGGAUUCUGGGCAGGUUUCGCUGGCGCUGCGCUUGCCAUCAAGAACUGGGCGUUGCAGGUGAGCAAGGGCAGCCAACUCUCAUCGGUCGAGAGUUUUCCCAACGAGGCCGCCCUCAUCGCCCAUGUGAAGGAGGUCUUCGCCGAGGGACAAGGCAAGGCCGGCCGCAUCCCCCGGGUGAUUGUUAUCGGCGCCCUUGGCAGGUGUGGCAGGGGAGCAGUGGACAUGUGCCAAAAGGUUGGCAUUCCAGACGAGAAUAUCCUGAAGUGGGAUCUCGCGGAGACAGCCCCUGGUGGCCCAUUCAAGGAGGUUGCCGAGAGCGAUAUCUUCAUUAACUGCAUCUACCUGAGCAGCCCAAUUCCGCCGUUUGUGACCUUGGAGAGCCUGAACAAGACCGCAGACCGGAAGCUUUCCGUGCUCUGUGAUGUCAGCGCCGACUCGACCAAUCCCUUGACCCCAGUCCCGGUGUACACCAUCACCACCACGUUUGAGAAGCCAACGGUCAUGGUGGAAGGGUUGGAGAAGGAACCCGCAGUGAGCGUCAUCAGCAUUGAUCACCUCCCCAGCCUGCUGCCGAGGGAAGCGUCCGACACUUUCAGCAACGACCUGCUGCCGUACCUCCUCACCCUCAAGGACUGGCGCAGCGACCCAGUCUGGGCGGGAGCCGAGAAGUUGUACAAGGAGAAGGUGGCAACCUUGCCCGCGACUGCGUUGAACUAAGACGUAUAAAGCUCAGGCGAUGGUGGGUGACUUCUUUGUGGCGUUUCGGGUUCCGGAAAGUACAUCAUAGAUAGAAGGAUUCUACAUGUGUCCCGAGAAUAUCUGCGGAAGUGUUUUGAUCAAAAGUG